CACACAGGCACACUCAGGAUUUCCUGCCCCCGGAUGGGGCGGAAUCUCCUCAUGAAGUAGUGGAGUGCGCCUGCUUGUGCAGUGUGGCCGGGACGGCCGAAGAAUGUGGAUUGUGCCAGGCCUGCUGCUCCUGUGCUCAGGUAGCUGGUGGUUAUGGAUAGAGGGGCUAACCACCCAGGUGCCACAAACAGACACAACCACCCUAGCACAGAGGUCGGAGAGGCCUUGGGAGCAAACUAAGCAGACUGUCCUUCCAAGUGACUUGACUGAUGUGCACUUGUAUGAUCAGACAGCACCAACUGAUGUAAUGAGCAAAACGGACACUUUUACUGACGGGUCAGCAACACAUGCCAAUAAGGUCAAUUCUGAUGGCAAUAUGUACACUCAGUGGUCAACAUCUCUCAGGUCUCUACCACACCGCCAAGAUCCCUUGGAUAUAAUGCGGCACUCAGCAGGGCCUGUGAACAGUUUCAGUGCCCCAGAAGAACAAUCCAGCAUGAAUCAUCCUUUGCUACCCAAAUGGGCUUCUGGGCAGACUAAACUGUCAUCAACAGGUGAACCACCUAAGGGAACCGAAGCUCUGUCAUUAUGGCUUCUGGCUGUGACCACAGAGCAGCCACUCUUAAACAUAUCUUUGCAAGGUGGGCCUCCAAAAUGGCAAAUGGCAUGGCCAGGUGGGACACAGCACUCAGAAAUGGCUAAGACCACUAUUCCAUCACCCGAAGGGACCAGAAAUGCCUUAACACCCAUAGAGGUUUUGCUAAAGGGGCUUACAGGGUCUACAGAGUUUACCAGGUUACAUGAAGUGACCACAGAGGCUCCAAGACUCAGUGAGACUGUGUCAGAGUCCAUGACUGGACCAAGAGGGGGCACUGGAAUAUCUACAGUGUCACCAAAACAUUCAGAGACUCAAUCGAAGGACAUAACUGGACCAACACAAUCUGACAGACUAUACUUCCUGACUGGAAAUGACCAAUCAGAGGCCAUCACUGGACAGUCGACUUUUCCCGGAUUUCAUGAACUAACUACAGAAACUCUGCUACCGAAGGCUGAGCAAUCCAAGCACACCACUCAGCUUCCAGAGACUGUUAGACCACAUGUACUAACACAUGUACUAACCACAGAGACCCCAGUGGCUGUGGAGAUGCUGACCGAAGGGAUUACUAGACUAGCAGAGUGGCUUGGGCCACAGAUACUGACCACAGAAACCCCACAAGCAAGAAAUGAGCUGCCAGAGAAAAUCAGUAAAUCACAUAUAAUGACUACAGAGACCCCAAAGUCCAAGAAAUGGUUCUCAGAGGGCAUCAUAGAGCCAAGAAUGUUAGUCAAAUCAGCCACACUGACCACAGUAGCCUCACAACACAGGGAUGUGCUGUCAGAAGACACCACUGAGCCAGAAGAGACAAUCGGACCACAUCUGUUGACCACAGACACCUUACAGCGUGGAAAUAAAUUGGCAAUUGGCAAUCUUGGACCAUCAGAGACUCUCAGGCCAUAUAUGCUGACCACUGAAAGCCCACAGCUGUCAGAAGACAUUAAAAAGCCAAUAGGGUCUGCUGGACCGCCUGUAUUGACCACAGAAAUAUUAAGGCCUAAGAAGACCCCACCAAGAGCCACCAAUGGACCAGCAGAAUCUCACAGGCCAUAUGUGCUAACCACAGACACUCCACAGUUGAAGAAGCUGUCCAAGGUCAUCAGUGGACAAACUGAGUCUGCCCAGCUGUAUAUAUUGAGCACAUACACCCCAAAGACAUCCCAAAUGCCAUCAGAGAGUGACAGUGGGUCAGUAUCAUUGGUAAAAGUCACAACAGGUACCCCACCAUCUGGGGACAUUCUGUCAGAAGGCAACUGGACAUUAACGGAGCCUGCCAGGCCACCGCAAAUGUUGAACACAGAGAUGCUUCAUCCCAAAGAUGCCUUGUCUGAGAGCACCAGAGGCCCAAAGCCACCUGUCCGAAUGACCACAGAGAGUCCAGUUUCUCCCACUUUUUUCCUGACCACUCAUAAUCCAUCUCCAUCCACAGCCCUGGACAUACAAAAACUGGUGAUGUCUCAGUCUUCAACUGGCGAGCUGGAUUUGUUUGUGUCCCAACAGGAUGCCAGUUUAUGGAACAAUGGCCAAGAUGUCCAUGGAGGGGUCUUGACCUCACCCUCAACAACUACCCUUGGCUUAAAGGAUGGCAUACAAACGAGUGGUGCAAGGGUUUCUGGAAGUAGGAAGAAGCACCAGUCUGAGACCCAGUCUCCCUCCACCUCGAUAACCUGGCCAGCACGAGGCCUCAGGGGCUCUACCACUGAAGACACAAGAAUGUGGCCACUAAAUGACCCUACUCCUGCAGGGCACAACAUACCAGCAGGAGAGCUAAGCACAUCCAAACCAGAUGCCCAAGUCCUUAUCGUGGAAGAUGAGAUGCCCAGCAUUCAAGGUGACACAAUCACUGUACCUUCUUGGCUUAUAUUAGACACUCAGGGCCUCCAUCCAGACCUUCACCAUCCCGACUCGAUGACCUUUGCAGACUUUUUGGCAGACUUUCACAUAAAGGUGGAUCCUUAUUACAAGAGGAUUCCUGGAUUCCAGAAGCUUGUGAUUUCAGGACUCAGCAUCAACGACUCGGCGGUACUCCUCCGCUGUUCACUGGCCUGUCAGACUCAGCAGCUCCUGCCAUGGCUGGGCUCUCUGGACACAUUGCUGGACGCUACAGGCCUGCAGGCUGCCAUCGGCCGGGGACUGAGUGUUCAUGGGCUCAGGGUUGUACGCGCCGCCAUUUCCCACAGCCUACUGGACCUCUGUGCCACAGUAUUCCAGUGCCAGCCUGGGUUUUAUUGUAUUCAGGACAAACAGGGCACCACACGCUGCACCUCCCUGUGCUACAGGAGCUACUGCAAAAAUGGAGGCAUCUGCAUUCACCGGCCGGGCCAGCAGCCAGCAUGCCAGUGCCCAGUUGGAGACGAUUACUGGUUCACAGGUGCACACUGUGACCACAGAAUGACACAGCAGGACUUGACAGCCAUGUCUGUAGUGGGGCUCCUUGGACUUGCAGCCAUCAUGGCCACCAUCACCUGUCUCAUCAUAAGAAAAGUCAGAGAGUUGCUGCAGAGAAGCAAGGUGGACCAGACAAGGAGCAGUUACCUCCGUUUCAGCCAAUUUGAUGAUCUCUCAGACCACUUCUGUGCACAAUCAUGGCUGUCAGACUACAUUGGCACUCUGGAAAAUCCAGUUUUCAGCAGCAUGGAGGACAAGGUGCAGCUACCGGCAGAGGACAGCAGUCCGAAAAGCACCAGCGAAGGCCAAGGGAGAAAGGCAGGCUUAAGCCAGGCACAUGGAAACUGCAAUGGCUGUGAAGAUAUUGAACUGGUGAACAUCGUGAAGAGUUUAACAGUCUGAAACCACCAACACCCCAGCACACCCAGUGACAGCCAACAGAAAAGAAGAGGCAGGCGAGCAGCCACAUGAGGG